GCAGCCCGUAACAGAAAAGCUCGUGACUGACCAGAUGACUCGGUUUAGAGAGUCACGUGCGCAGUGCUCUCUAAGCUCUGGGUGUGAGACAGAAACAUUCAUUUAGACAGCUGCAGUGGUGUUCCUGCGAGCCUGUGCUGACAUGAACGGUUUGGUUUACUUCAUUCACGCGGCGCUGCACUGUUGCAUUGUGGGAUAUGGACAGCAGGUCUGGCCAGAGCCUUACAAGCGACUCGACAGGCGUCCAGAUGUUGAUCCCUACUGCCAGGCUUUAUACCCAUUCUGCCCGAGCGGGGAUCCAGACGGCCGGAUGCCCGUGAUGAGAGACUCGGACAUCAUCUCGGUGUUCAGACUGCAGACUCCGGUGUGGGAGUUCAGAUAUGGAGACACGCUGGGAAAGUUUCAUGUCAUGCAUGAUGCUGUUGGCUUUGCAAGCGCAAGAACGGGCAGAAACUUCACCUUGGAGUGGUACGAGCUGUUUCAGCUGGGGAACUGCACUUUUCCGCACGAGAGGGCGAGCGUGAGUGCACCUUUCUGGUGUAAUCAGGGAGCCGCGUGCUGCUCUGACGGCAUCGAUGACGUUCACUGGAAACAGAACGGCACUCUGGAGAAGAUCGGAGAGAUUUCAGGCGAGAUGUUUAAUGAGAUGGCUCGCUGGGUUCAGGAGGACAAUGAAACGGGUGUUUAUUACGAGACUUGGACGGUGAAGUCAGAUCCUGGUGCAAACUCCACCACGUGGUUUGAGUCCUACGACUGUUCUCAGUUUGUGCACCGCACGUAUAAGACGUUACUGGAUAUGGGUGCCGAACUGUCCAGCCAAGCGCCAACAUGUUACACCAAGAUCUAUCUGUACAGCGGAGAGCCGCUCUAUUUGGGAGACGACUCCAUCUUUCAACAGUCUUCCACGAAAGAUCUCGCCACAGACAUCAAGAAGUUCUACCACUCGUUCCGCUCUCACCAGUCAGUCGUAGAAAUGAUUGAGAGCUUGUUGGAGGCUUUUGAAAAGAUGGUCCUAGAGAAGACCUUCUACUUCUACUACAACUCUGAAUAUUGGAAGCUGCCGAUGAAAUAUCCUUACGUUAAAAUAACCUAUGAGGAGAUUCCUUUACCAUAACCUCCAUAUUGUUUUAGCCUAAACGAUAUAAAAAAACCCUCAAAUUAUUUUUGCUACUAAAUAAAAUUACAUUUAAAAUUGUCUAUUUCCAUUCCAGCUGAUGUCAGAUUGAUCAGAUAAAG